AAACUUUUAAUAAUAAAUUAUUGUAAUAAUCUAUUACCUAUUGUUAUUAUGAGCAUAUUACAGUGUUACAAAAACAACAUUAACAUAACCUAAAUAAAGAUCCAUAUACUAUAGGCAUAUGUAUAUGUUAUAUAUCUAUAUUUACGACGCUAAACGGGUGUUUGAGAAUCAGAGUAUUACGUAUAUAUAUAAUUACAUUGUUCAUUAUUCAUAAAACUGAUGUCUUUUUAUAAUACAGACGUUAGUUUUAAACUAAUCCUUUAGAAAAUUUCGACGAAUAUUCUGAAAGCAUGGAUGUGGAAAGAGUUGCUGUAUUUGCUAGUGUAGGAUUUGCAAUAGCUGUUGCAGCAUUUGUUUUAUGGGGUCCAUCUCCUAAACCUAGAAAAAAAGGAAAAAUUAUUGGAAUCAAUAAUCUAGGAUAUACUUGUUUUUUGAAUUCUCUUUUACAAGCUUUGGCUGCAUGUCCAACCUUUAUUGGAUGGUUAAAAAAACAGCGUGAGAAAAAUGGAAAAGCUAAUUUCAUUUCAACACUACUCUCUGUUUUUGAAAAAAUCAAUGGAUAUGCAGAUGACUUAUAUGGUGAUGUGACACCAAUUGAAAUAAUUUCAUCGCUUGGUAAUUUAUGGAAGUUUGCACCUGGCCAUCAGGAUGCACAUGAACUGUUUCAUAUUGUUCUUAGUGCAUUGCAAGCAGAAAUUCAACCUGGAAGUAGGAAAGGUUGCUUGUCCGAUGCUUUACCGCCAAGUCCAACAAUGGUAACAGAUACAAAAAAAUUCGGUGAUCCUCUAACAUUCAGAAGCGUAUCUUGUAACGAUAUCGUAUCAGCUAACAAAAGUCCUAACAUUCCAAAUGGAUUUGACAGAAAUUGUAAUAACCAUGUAAUGUCUUCGACGUCAUCGGUAUUAAGUAUUCCAACAUAUAAUAAGCCAGGUAUAAUCCUUGCCAGAUCUUCGGAAAUACUUUCGAAAAAUAUAGCGGUUGGAGAAAAUAUGGAAUCAUUUAAACCAUGGAGCUCCUUAUGUGCCAUGCCUAUUUUUAAUGCUCCAUUAAUAUCAGUAGAAGUGCAUCCAUUUUCAGGUUUAUUAACUAGUCAAUUACAAUGCAGUAGUUGCAAAUGGAAGUCUGCUGUUCGCUACGAUAAACUUGAAACUGUUUCUUUACCUCUACCUCCUUUGGGUCCAUAUACUAAAUCGCAUCACACUUUGGAAGAGCUACUAACGCGUUUUGUAACCAGUGAGAUUGUUCAGGAUGUAUUGUGUGAUGGAUGCGGAAUGCGUUGUUUAGCUACUAAAACUUUAACUUUAGGGAAGCUUCCUAAGUGUUUAUGCUUACAUAUAUCAAGAACUACAUGGAGUUCAUCGGGAGUACCAAUUAAGAGAGACGAUCCAGUAAAAUUUCCUGAAAUAUUGUCAUUGGAUCCUUAUACUUUUACAGAAACAAAAAAACGAAAUGCACGGGGUGAUCCUGAAGCAACAAUGUUACUCGUUAAUCGAACAACGCUGCAAGCUAAACACAAAUAUCAGUUGCGUGCGAUCGUGGAACAUCGCGGACCUGUUGAUUCCGGACAUUUCGUCUGCUAUAGACGAGGAAAUAAAACUGAUCAAUGGUUAUAUACUUCGGAUAACGUAGUCGAGAGCAUAUCCUUGAUCGAAGUCUUAUGUGCCACACCAUACCUUCUCUUUUACGAGCGUAUAAAUAGCACACAAGAAUAGGUAGUAAUGAAUUUUAGUAAUUACAACAAAUUUAGGAAUUACAGCUCAGCGCAGGAGAAUAAUGUAAUGAUGAUGGAAUUGAAGAGACUGAGUUUCAAUUGUAGUUUUCAUAUAAUUUCUGUUGCAAAGCAACUGAAAUAACUUCGAAUAAUUUGUUAUAUAACCUUGAAUUUAUAUUACAUAUUAGAUUCAGUGUUCUGUAGAAUAUUAACAAUAAGUACUGUUUUUACGAGAAUGGUAUUUCACGAACGAAAGUAGAAGCUUUUUUUGACUUAUAAAUUUGUCAUAAUAAUUUUUAAAUUUAAUAUUAUAAUACAAAACAUCUACUUGCAUACUUAAAGAAAUCAUGUUUACUUAAGUUGCACACAGCGGUGAAGUUACUCACUUUCAAGGCUAAUGUGUCUUAGAAUGAUGUAGUUUAUAGUUUGUAGAAAAUUGAAUUAGUUGCUUGACGAAUUUCAGCAAUUGCAACAGUAAAAAUGAAACUAAAAUUGUGCCAAAUUAUUUAAUCGUUUUUGUAUAUGGAGCAAACCGCUACUUUGUAUAACUAGGGCUUAGCAAAUUGAAAUAUGUACUGAUGCAAUUACUUUGAAUAAAAUACACACACCUGUAAUUAAAAAGCAAAUGGAAAAUUAUUAAAAUUCAAGAUUUUAUUCGAGACGUUAACAUUUGAAUAAUUUAAUAAGAAAGUGAUAUAUUUAAGCAAUAGAAAUCUUUCUAAACUCAGAAUUUUUAUUUAUUUAUUACAUUGUUCAUUUUUAAUUAAAUCAUUUUAGUUCAUUAUUUCAAUUUACACAAUGAUAUUAAUGAGUGUGUAUCAUAUUCCACCUAUAUAUGUAUACCUAUGUUAAAUAUGUAAAAGUACAAUUACGUUUUUAUAAAAAUUCGCUGUAUUUAAAACACUAUGUUAAAACAAAUACAGGGUAAUAAGGAUAAUUUUAUUCUUAAUUUUUACUACAUUCUUUUAAGAAUCUCUAAACUAUACACAGUAAUAGUACUACAUAUACAAAAUAAAAUAAAAUAAUUUGUAUAAAAUA